AACAUCAGUGCUCAGCCAACACUUCAGGAGGAGCAUCACUAUGGAAGACUGGUCUUCUCUAAAAACCACACAGAGGAUCUCUACUCCACCAUGAAUGCAGCCAUCCUCAAAGUUUGUCUCAGGCGCCUGCGUUUUAUUCUCGUGGAAUGUUUUGUUAACACUGAACAGUCAUCAACGAUUUGUCACUGCUUCUAUAAAGAACAGCAUUGGUGCAUGUGCUCAAUAAAAUCAUUUAAAUAUCACAUUUUUAUUUUUUUUAUUACAAAUACAACUUUACUCGAAUUAAUCUGAUUCAUGUUUGUUAGAUCUGAUGCUGCGACAUGCAGAAUAUCAGGACCUUGUGUUUUAAGCCAUAAGAUACAGAUUAAGUCUGACUGAUUCACUUCCUGCAGCUCUGACACAGAAACAGAUAAUGAUGGAAAAAAACACAUAAUAAAGAUAUUGUAAACCUAGCAAAUAUUUCUAAAUGAAAUAAAUAGUGUUAUCUAUAAUACAUAAAAGAUUCACAAAAUGCCUUCACGUUUACGUUCACUCACAGUUCAAACAAAGUAAAUGUGUAAUUAAAGGUGAUGUGAUCUAAGCUGCUGACGUCACUCAGGCUCAUUCAUCCUGUGCAGUCUUUAGGCUUCGUGCAGUUGGUGAGUUUCAUUUCAGGGUUUUGAUAAGAGCAGUACAAGAAGACACAGAUGGUUAACUUUCUGAUCAGACGCUGACGGACUGAAGCAGCGAUGUCACUUACAGAAGCUGGAUGUGGACUCAUAGCGUUCAUUCUCUGCAUCUCAGGGAUUCAUGGACAAACACACAUUUGUGCGUUACGUGGUUCAUCUGUGAAUCUGAGCUGUUCAACUAAAAAUCUGACUUCAAGCAACAAAUGGUUCACUGAACACAGAAAUGGCUCAGAGUUGGUUUACAAAGAGCUUUCUGCAGAUGAAAGGCGUGUGAGUCACACGUCUGAUGAGAAUCAACCUGUGCUAAUAAUCCACAAUCUGACAAAGAGUGACGCAAAAGUUUACUGCUGUGGAAAUACAACUGAAUCGCUCAAUUCAACUCAGUGUCUCAGAUUUGCAGGUCACUGUGAGUCCUGUCAUGACAGAAGAGAGGGAACAUGAUGCUAAACUGAUGUGUAAAACAAGCUGUAAUCUGACUAAAAGUCCUUCAGCCUUUUUCUGGUUCAGAAACAGAAGUACUCUCAAUGAGUUCAGACUAAGACUUGUUGUUACGCAAAAGUCUGUCUUUUAUGCAAAUGUUAGCAGGAAGAUAACAGACACUUACUCCUGUGCUGUCAGAGAAUCCCACCAAUUCAAAAGCCCUGAAGUAUCAUUGAAGCUUUUCAACACAAAAGUCUUGAAAGUGACCUAUGCUAAAGGGGAAAUAUGUUCAUCUCAGAACAAGUCAGAGGACGAGUCCUGUUCCUUCACAUAUUCACUAGUGCCAGAAUACAAACUGAAGUCAGACAUGACAGCAGCUGCUGCUGGAGCCAGUGCUGCUCUGCUAGUCGUCAUACCUGCCAUCGUCUACAUCUGGAUCAGAAUGAAGAGGACCUUGGAUCGACCGUCCACAAGUGGAGAAGGUGACAUCACAGUGCAGCUGAAGAGGCAAAAUUUAAACUGAAGGGGAUGGUGGGUCAUUGCAAAUGAAAAUAUGUGUGUAGAAUAUAUCCACAUAUUUAUAAGUGUAGAAUUAGAUGUAAAUACAAUACACAGUUUGGUUUCAUUCAACACAUUAAACUUUCAACUGUUGUUUUACUCUUCAUCUUCAUGGUUCAUCAGAUGUUGAUGAGAGUCAGUGCUAAAAACACAACAUAUGCAUAAAAUGAAGAGGCCUCAAAGUUUGUCUCAGGCGCCUGCGUUUUAUUCUCGUGGAAUGUUUUGUUAACACUGAACAGUCAUCAAGGAUUUGUCACUGCUUCUAUAAAGAACAGCAUCUGUGCAUGUGCUCAAUAAAAUAAUUUAUAAUAUCACAUUUUAAUUUUUUAUUACAAAUACAACUUUACUCGAAAUAAUCUGAUUCAUGUUUGUUAGAUCUGAUGCUGCGACAUGCAGAAUAUCAGGACCUUGUGUUUUUAGCCAUAAAAUACAGAUUAAGUCUGACUGAUUCACUUCCUGGAGCUCUGACACACACACAGAUAAUGAUGGAAAAAAACACAUGAUAAAGAUAUUGCAAACCUAGCAAAUAUUUCUAAAUGAAAUAAAUAGUAUUAUAAAUAGUAUUAUCUAAAAUACAUAAAAAAUAAAGAUUCACAAAAUGCCUUCACGUUUACGUUUACUCACAGUUUAAAGAAAGUAAAUGUGUAAUUAAAGGUGAUGUGAUCUAAGCUGCUGACGUCACUCAGGCUCAUUCAUCCUGUGCAGUCUUUAGGCUUCGUGCAGUUGGUGAGUUUCAUUUCAGGGUUUUGAUAAGAGCAGUACAAGAAGACACAGAUGGUUAACUUUCUGAUCAGAGGCUGACGGACUGAAGCAGCGAUGUCACUUACAGAAGCUGGAUGUGGACUCAUAGCGUUCAUUCUCUGCAUCUCAGGGAUUCAUGGACAAACACACAUUUGUGCGUUACGUGGUUCAUCUGUGAAUCUGAUCUGUUCAACUAAAAAUCUGACUUCAAGCAACAAAUGGUUCACUGAACACAGAAAUGGCUCAGAGUUGGUUUACAAAGAGCUUUCUGCAGAUGAAAGGCGUGUGAGUCACACGUCUGAUGAGAUUCAACCUGUGCUAAUAAUCCACAAUCUGACAAAGAGUGACGCAAAAGUUUACUGCUGUGGAAAUACAACUGAAGACCCAGGUCUCUGCAGGAAUCGCUCAAUUCAACUCAGUGUCUCAGAUUUGCAGGUCACUGUGAGUCCUGUCAUGACAGAAGAGAGGGAACAUGAUGCUAAACUGAUGUGUAAAACAAGCUGUAAUCUGACUAAAAGUCCUUCAGCCUACUUCUGGUCCAGCAACAGAAGAACUUUCAAUGAGAAUAAGUCUUUCUUUUAUGCAAAUGUUAGCAGGAAGAAAACAGUCACUUACUCCUGUGCUGUCAGAGAAUACUACAAAUUUAAAAGCCCUGAAGUGUCAUUGGAGCUUUUCAACCCAAAAGUCUUGAAAGUGACCUAUGCUAAAGGGGAAAUAUGUUCAUCUCAGAACAAGUCAGAGGACGAGUCCUGUUCCUUCACAUAUUCACUAGUGCUAGAAUACAAAUCAAACACAGACUCGAUAGCAACAGCAGCUGCUGCUGGAGCUAGAGCUGCUCUGCUAGUCGUCAUACCUGCCAUCGUCUACAUCUGGAUCAGAAUGAAGAGGACCUUGGAUCGACCGUCCACAACUGGAGGAAGUGACAUCACACCACAGUUAAACAGCUUUCAUGUUUAUGAAAACAUCCCAGUUCAACCACCACAGCACGAUGACGUUACUUACAGCACCAUCAACUUCCAACCCAAAGAGUGUGAGCAUGGCGCUUACGCUGUUGUCUGCUUCAGACCCGAUGUCUAAAUGACUGAUUCACAGUCAGCUUAGCUACAAACCAGUCAUUGUUGCUGUUAAAGCAGAACUGGAUCACUUCAACGUCCACUGGUGUGAGACACUGGUGGUGGCUUUGCCAACAAAUAAUGCAUGUGUAAAGUUUACAAAGUUAGUUUACAGUUUUUACUUUACUUUUACUACAGGGCAUAAAAGCUGUUAGCUAACACUGACUGGCUGAUCUGAUCAAAGUAAUUAGAUCUAAACAUAAGUAGCAGGCAGGAGAGCGUUUUAGCAGCCAGAGUGGGAUGAACCGAGAACCACAGAUCAGCUGAGGACACGUUUCUGGUGUUUGACGCACAUUUUUUGACACACACCACAAGAAAAAAGGUGCCUCAGAUGGUGCCAUAUCAACAGCGUCAUCUCCAGGACAGUUGUUGCUAAAGAGCACACAGCGCAUGGUGUCGUGUAACAGUGCACAUCUCCAGUGAGCAUUUAGUUGAGCUGCAUGUACUGUACAGUUUAUGGAGCUACGAGGACAAGCAAUGGCGUUUGGAUUCAGAUGGUGGAUGUUCAGUUUAUUUAUCUGUUGUACACAUUGAUGUAGUCUCUCUCUCUUUAUUUUGUGAAUAAGCCUCAUUUACUUUUAUUUGCACAGUGCGUGUUAAUCGCUAUGAUUAAAAGUAUGUGGGUUCAUACUGUAGAUGCACCUGCUCCCCUGUAUAAUGGCUUUUUAUUUUCUUAAUGCUUAAUACUGUACCAUUGAAGUGUUAUGAAUAAUUAUGGUUGAACAUAAAAACAUUUUGUGAAUUACAACUUUUUGAGUAUGUCUAAAGUGCAACCUCGAUUUUUCAGCAACUUUUAGUUUGUUAUUACAAAAAAUAGAAAUAAAGUGCUUUAAUGUGACACAGUAUUUCAUUGUAAAACCAGCAACUUCCCUCUCAGAACAAACCCAGUCAGAUUUCAUGUUUCUCUAGUUGCUUCACAGCUGUAUCACUGGAACAGAGAGGUUGCAUGUUGCACCACGAGUAAGUAGAAUGUAAGAAACAGUAACAGCCUAGAAAACACAAAUAUAGAUAUGUUCUUUUCUCUAUUUCUAUCCAACAUUUUAAUGUUUAUGCCAUUUUUUAUUGACUAAAUCAGCUGUAAACUGCAAAAAUAUUAUUGUUAGUUUCAUUUGGUUCAUACAUUCUGUACUAUGCAUUUACCCUGUAUUCAGACACCAACGAAGAGAGUCGAAAAGUUGUUUUUAAGAUCCAUCACGUUUCACUUAUUUGCUGCUAUAUAUGACGUGAACGCACUUACUGUCUAUUAACACUGACAUUUCAGAGAAACGAUACUGUAGUUGCUCAUAGAUUGUGAUUUCAACUCAUUUCAACAUUUUUUACUUGCCUUGUUUUCUUUAGGCCCAAGGUUAUGUGUUAUAUACGUCACUAAGUGACACUGUAUCAAAAACAGGAAGUGAAACCGGUUUUAGCUGCUCUCCAUCUAACCACUGGUUCAUUUAAAUUUCAGCCUUUUGAAGAAGAGACUGAGACAGGCUGAAAACUAAACAUCACCAUUAUCUAUUAUGUGAUUUAAUAAUUUUAAUUUUUAAAUUUUUUUUUACAAAAUCCUAUAAUCAACUUGCUGAUUAGAGGAUAAAGAUCACAACCAUGCUGUCGGCAGACGUCAAAUUCGUUUACAUGGGUUUGAUCCUUUACAUGUCAGGGAUUGAGGCAGAACAGAAAACUGUCUGUGCCUUGAAAGGUUCAUCAGUGGAUCUGUCCUGUUCAGCUCAACGUCACACUACAAGCCAGAGAUGGUACUUUGCAUACCAGAGGAGAUUUGAAACUAAAAUGACUGAGGUCAAUGUGGAAGGAAAUGACAAAUACAACACGGCUAACUUCACGCUAAAAAUAACCAAUCUGACAGAGAGUGAUGCAAAGAUGUACUGCUACGGUGACAAAACAAACCCACAGUCUUGUUUGGAAAAUGCUGUCAACCUCCAAGUGACAGACGUGCAGGUAAAGGUGCUUCCUUCAACACAGGGUGAGGCAGUGACACUGGUGUGUAGCACCAGCUGUUCUCUGACUAAUUACACCUGGUAUAAAAACACAAAGUAUGUCUAUGUGGACCCAUCUCCCUGGUACCAAGAGCUGGUCAGCAGUGAUGAAGCAGUCACGUACUCCUGUAGUACUAAAGAUUACAAGGAUGUCAGAGCCCCUGAAGUCUCAGUGGAUUCUGUCACAUCAACCUGCUUCACGGUGACCUACGCUAAAGGAAGCGUCUGUCCUCAUGGGCGCUGCUCCAUCACGUAUCCCAGAGAAGUACGUGUUCAAAGGACUCCUCCAAAUGGAGGCCAUGUCAGUCUAACAUGUAACACCAGCUGUUCUCUGUCUGAAUCUCAACCUGCCUUCUCAUGGUACAAAAACAGACAAAAAUACACUAUUCAGUCUCAUCAUCCCAGCUCCUCUCCCGAUACCUUCUCCUGUGCUGUAAAAGAACAUGAGAGAUUACUUUCUGCUGAAGUUUGUGUUGUAGAAAAGAACUGCUCGACAGUGAACUACGUCAGCAGGAGAAUCUGUGCUCUAGAAGGUUCGUCAGUGAACAUUUCUAGUGAAUAUUCACAUCCUGAGAACCAAAAGCCAAACUUCAAAGUUUGGUAUAAAAUAAAGGAACAAGCUGAAAAGCUGACAGAGGCUGCAGGACAAGUGGAGUGGAGUGAAACAGAUAAGAAUCACCACAUCCUGACGCUCAAGAAGGUGAAGAAGAAUGACUCAGCAGAAUACGCAUUCAGAGCCCACACAGUCGAGCCAGCAGAGAGAAGGUCGGACGUACCAGGAGUGAUUCUGGUUGUCACAGACCUGAGAGUGAAGUUUGCUCCUUCUCGGGAGGUGACGGAGGGCGACAGAGUCACACUGACCUGCGCUACCAGCUGUCCCCUGACCAACAACACAAACUACCUUUGGUACCGGAACGGACGACCUCUGACCCCGACAGAGACACACAAGCACCUUGUUCUGGACCCAGUCAGCCGUCAGCAGGCAGGAAGCUACUCCUGUGGAGUCCAAACCCACAAAGACAAGCGCUCGAAAGAAAAGCCUCUCACUGUCCAAAGUCUCAGGAGUGUAUUAGUACCAGUAGCUGCAGGCGCUGCAGCUGUGGUCCUGGUUAUGAUCGCUGUCACUGUCUGCUGCUGGAUCAGAACAAAGAGGACUUUGGAGCAGCCUUCCACAAGUGGAGCAGGUGAAAUCACAGUGCAGCAGCUUGAUUCUGGCCCCUUGUAUAACAACAUCUGUGCUCAGCCAACACUACAGGAGGAGCAUCACUAUGGAAGACUGGUCUUCUCUAAGGACCACACAGAGGAUCUCUACUCCACCAUGAAUGCAGCCGUCUGAACUGAGACCAGUGCUGGUAUAUUGAAGAAAUCGUUCCCAGGAUGGAUUUAAUAAGCAGAAGGACAAUAUUAUAGAGAAACACAUGUUCCUCCUGAUUUUCCAGACUUUCAUUGUGUGUUUCUUAGAUUAUGUUUAACCUGUAACAGCUCAGACUAAACAUGGAUCUGACAGGUUGGACUUUAUGAAGCAUCUCUGAUCAAAUGCAGUGAUCUAUAAAGACAUUAGUCUGUUGUCAUGGUUCUUCAGAUGUUGAUUGAUGAGAGUCACUGACAGCAAAUGCACGUAAACAUAAGGAGGCCUGAAAUUUGUCUUAGGCACCUGCGUUUUUGUACAGUACUAAUGGAAUAUUGCGAUAACACUGAACAGUCAUUAUGGAUUUGUCAGUGCUUGUAUAAAGAACAAGUGAAGACAUUUACAUAUCAUUUCCCCAAUUUUGACACAGAUAAAAUACUCACUGCAAUCACUGUAUCACUAGAACAGACAUAAGGCUUCAUGUUGCACCACGAGCCAAUAAAGUGUAAGGAAUACAGUAACGACCUAGAGAAAACACUGAAUAAUGAUAAUGUUCCUUUCUCUACUUGUACCUAACGUUUUAUUGUAUCUCAUUUUACAUUUUGUAUUGACUGAUGAACUUUGUGCCCCACCUCAUGCUUUCCAUGUAAGAAGAGCAGCCAAUUAUAAUGAAAGGAGUGUUGGUUUGACUACACGGAUGCAGGCACCAACCACACACAGACCUGUUGUAAAGAAACUGCUGAUAAUUCAGACAUUUUGAGAGAUGUGGAUUUUAUCUUUUCUGUUGGCCUGGUAGCUCAGUAGUAGUAGUAAAGUAAGCAUCAGCCUGGGAAGCAGAACUAGUACCAGAGUCCUAGUACCAGGUAUGUCCUUGGUCAAGACACUUCACACUAGCUCCCCAGGCACCACACCGUGGCUGCCCACUGCUCCCCCACGUGCAGAGAUACGUUCCCAUGCUUCUGGGAUCAAUAAAUGUUGUAAACUGUUAAGAAGGUUGAGAAAUGUAUAAAAAAAAACAAGCUUUAAAUGUAUUAGAGUAUUAAAAAAGAGCAUAUGCGAUAUAUCAAUGAUAUUGACCCGCGAUUGGGAAAUUGCAAUGUUGCAACAGAUAAGAUAACAAAAAUCACAAUUGUUAUGAGAAAGGCAAAAACAGGGUGAGAACUGCACAGGUUAUCAACAUUAUGUACACGUCACAAUGAGUUAAAGUGACUGCAGUAGACAAAGUAACUGUGUCAUAACCUGGACUUUUGUUUUGACACUUCCUGUUUUAUUUUUAUGCAUUUCCGGUUUUGUCGUGUCAUGUUUAGUUUUACUUUAUUUUCCUGUCAUGUGAGUCACCAGCCGUUGCCAAUCAGUAAUCAGUCAUAUACUGUAUACCCCAGUAUUCACCCGCAGCCUUUGCCAGAUUGUUAGCUCGUAUCCCAUGUGUCUACGUUCCAGCAUUCAUAUUAAGUCUGGCCGUGUACCAGUUCAGAUCGUGUUUUUGACCUUGCCUUGCCUGCUCCCUGUUUGUACUGUUUUUGAACUCUGCCUUGUUAACUGAACCUAGUCUGGAAUCUGACUGUCUUUGCCUGUCCCGUCUGUAUUGUUGCCUGCAUUAAACCUCCACAAACCAUAUCUGCGUGUGUGGAGUGGCCCCUCACUCCAAAAGCCCGCAGUCCCCUCAGCAGGUACAGGUAGAGACAACACAGCCUGAUGUAUUGUGUCUGAAGUCUGCAGUGUAGAGGGUGAAGAGAAAGGGGGCCAGGACAGUCCCCUGGGGGGCUCCCAAACUGCAGGUCCAGAUAUCAGACACAGUCUGGUGCUCUCACAAACUGGGGACGGUUUGUGAGGUAGUCCAGUACCCACUCCA